AUGAGCAGCAAUUACGGUGAUUCGUUUGCUAUAACAAACCCAAUGUUCUUGGUAACAGGUAUCAUGGUUAUUAUUGGAUGGCUGAUUACCUUUGUCGGUGCUUGUGCUGCUGGAUUUGUCGGUGUCGGUUGGUGGAUGAUCAUCUACAACCUAUUCUUUAUCAUCGGUGUCUGGACUGCAGUGGGAAUGAAGCGCUUUAUUAACAAUCGCCACAUGAUCCUUGUCUUCUUGACUAUCAGUAUUGUCUACAUGACCAGUCUCAUCCAAAUCUUUUUGGACAGUGACUGGAAUAGAGGCAACAGAGCUGGUGCUGGUGGUGCUGUCAUUAUGAUUAUCAUGGAAUUCCUCUGGAUCUUCUUGUUGGCCUCAAACGAAGACUCUUGGAUCGUCAACAAGACUAGCCACAUGAACAACACUGGAAUCGGUGGAAAGCCUAUGAUCCAGAACCGCUUUGGAAACGGUGGAAACAACUCCAAUGUCCACCCCCAUGAAUAUAAGGAAUCUGCUCUGCCAAACCAUCCUUCCGGUGGCCAUGACUCUUACAACCAUCGCAAUGUCACAAGCAACAUCUCUUCCGGAAAUGCUCCCCCUACCCCCAGCCGCGAAGGAAUUAGCCAAGCAAAGGCACUCCAUGGAUAUACUGGCAGCCCAGAAGACCCUAAUGAAUUGUCCUUUGAGAAGGGUGAAUCACUUGAAAUCAUCGAUCGCUCUGGCAAUUGGUGGCGGGCCAAGAAACAUGAUGGAUCUGAAGGCAUUGUUCCCAGUAACUACUUUGAAUUGGAUCCAACCCAAGCCAUCCAAAGAGACGAUCUCUUCUUAUAA